GAUUUUGAAAUCCAGUCAACUUCUUUUACUUGAACACGAUAUACCUAUAAUCAUGUCUCUAUGCACUGACAUACUGAAAACUGGGAGGAAUAUUUUCUUGUGUUUGGUUGUCUUAACAUUGACGAUCCGGUAUGUGUACCAUCGAUGGUUUAAGAUGAGAUUUGCAGACAACAUUCCUGGCCCUAAGGGGUGGCCGUUCAUUGGAAGCGCUUUGGAUUUUAGGGGUUCGCCGAGCGACAUGUUAAGUAAACUGUGCCAGUACUUACAAAGCAGUUCAGUAGUAAACGUCUGGGUUGGUCCCAAACAGUACAUUUUCUUGACUGACCCCAGAGACGUUGAAGUCAUUUUAGGCAGCAAUGUUCAUAUCAAUAAGUCGAGUGAAUAUGAUUUGUUUAAGCCCUGGUUGGGAAAUGGUCUUCUAAUUAGUAACGGUGAAAAAUGGAGAUCGGACAGAAAAUUGAUCGCUCCUACUUUCCAUUUGAAUGUUUUAAAAAAUUUUGUUGAAUUUUUUAAUGCGAAUAGUAGAGAAGUCGUGGAACGGUUACGAAAUGUGAAAACAAAUACAUUUGAUUGCCAUGAUUAUAUGUCAGAAACAACUCUGGAAAUGCUGCUAGAAACUGUAAUGGGAGUUAACAAAAGAACGCAAGGCGAAAGCGCUUAUAAGUACGUACGGGCCGUAAUGAAAAUGUGCAGCAUUUUGCAUUCCCGUCAUUUUAAAAUGUGGUUAACUCCUGACUGGGUGUUCAAAUUAUCCAAGUAUGGACGCAUUCAAAAAGAAAUGCUGCAUAUUAUCCACGGUCUAAGUAAUAAAGUAGUAACGAACAAAAUCUUGGAAUGGGGCAAUUUUGCCAAAUUUUCGAAAAAGUCUAGCAUCACUGCAGAAAUUCCGGGAGAAAAAAAGAGGGUGGCAUUUUUAGAUUUAUUAGUAGAAGUGUCACAGAAUGAAAAUCUCAUUACAAGCCAGGAAAUAAGAGACCAAGUCGAUACCAUCAUGUUCGAAGGCCACGAUACCACGACCUCGGCGGCCAGUUUCUUUUUAUCCCUAAUGGCCGCUCAUCCUGACAUCCAGAACAAGGUGGCCCGAGAGUUGUAUGAAAUAUUUGGCGACUCAGCCCGUCCAGCCACCUUUUCAGAUACAUUAGAGAUGAAGUAUUUGGAAAGAUGUUUGUUAGAGACUCUGAGGCUAUAUCCACCAGUACCGUUCAUUGCUAGGAAGAUCAAUGAACCUGUUAAACUCGUAAGUGGAGAUUAUAUACUUCCUCCCGGAUGCACAGUUGUAGUGGCUCCGAUAAUGAUUCACCGAAGGGAGGACAUUUACCCAAACCCAAAUCAAUAUAAUCCAGAUAAUUUCCUCCCAGAGCGCUCUUCGAGCAGAAAUUACUACGCGUUUGUUCCAUUUAGUGCAGGACCACGCAAUUGUAUAGGGCGCAAGUAUGCCUUAUUACAGCUUAAAAUUCUACUGUCCACAAUUAUGCGAAAUUUUCACGUACGAUCCCAUUUAACUGAAAAGGACUUUCGAUUGCAAGGCGAUGUUAUUCUAAAACGUGUGGAAGGAUUCCAAAUGAGCUUGGAGCCUAGAAUAAAUUGAACGGGCUUCUUGAAGUGAGAUUCUCAAAAUUUAAACUAUUGUUUGUAGAAUUAAAUGAAUAAAUUUGGAAAUAAAGUAAAUUGUUAUUAUCA